AGGCGUUUAUUCACGCAAACUCGUAAAAGUGACGGCAGCCCUUUGCAAGCCUGAACUCAGGGGGAAGCUCCUCAUGAGGGUAAAAUUGGGAGAAAAUGCGAUUGAAUGCACUGAAAGUGAACGGGUUGCGUUUGGCGAGGCCGUGGAGAGAUGCAGCGGACCUGGCCCCUGUUGCCCGGUUUGGUAGUGCAGUUUGCAAACAUGGCCAGAGUCCCCGGGGAGGAAACGUGGAGAGGCUGAGACUGGACUUCAGGACAGCGGUGGUUUACUCACAGGCACCUCAGCAACUUUUGCAAAACGCUCAGAUCCGGCGAGCAUUUUACCGUUCCGCCGCUUGCACCGGCGAUUUCCGGGCAAGUUAUGAAAGUGCGUUUCGCAAAUCUGUCGAGGAGCCAGAAGAGUUUUGGAGCGAAUGUGCCCAAGAGAUCUCGUGGUUCAAACCAUGGCAAAAGACACUGGAUUUUUCAAAUCCACCUUUUGUGCGCUGGUUUGUUGAUGGUGAGCUAAAUGUAUGCUAUAAUGCAUUAGAUCGCCAUGUUGAAAAUGGAUUGGGAGAUCAAAUUGCCAUCAUUCAUGACAGUCCUGUUACUGACACCAAAGAGAUGAUUACCUACAAAGAAGCCCUGGAACAGGUUUCACGAUUGGCUGCUGUCCUGGUACAACAUGGAGUCAAGAAGGGUGAUCGCAUUGCUAUUUAUAUGCCAAUGAUUCCACAAGCGAUAUAUACAAUGUUGGCUUGUGCUAGAAUUGGAGCAAUACACAGUUUGAUAUUUGGUGGCUUUGCAUCCAGGGAGCUGUCUACUCGUAUUAACCAUGCAAAGCCAAAAUUGAUUGUGACAUCGUCAUUUGGUAUUGAGCCAGGGAGAAGAGUAGAAUAUAUCCCCUUGCUGGAAAAAGCAUUGAAAAGUGCUCAGUACAAGCCAGAAAAAGUCAUAAUUUAUAAUCGAGCUAACAUGGAGAGAGUCCAUUUGACAUCCGGCCAGGAAUUAGAUUGGGACGAAGAGGUUUCUGCUGCUCAACCUCAUGACUGUGUCCCUGUGACUUCAAACCAUCCUUUGUAUAUUCUGUACACAUCAGGGACAACAGGGUUACCAAAGGGUGUUGUGCGUACUUCGGGUGACUAUACAGUCAUGCUAAACUGGACAAUGUCAGAAGUGUAUGGUAUCAAGCCUGGUGAGGUGUGGUGGGCAGCUUCCGAUCUCGGCUGGGUAGUAGGCCAUUCCUAUAUUUGCUAUGGACCACUCUUUCAUGGCAAUACAACUGUUUUGUAUGAGGGGAAGCCUGUUGGGACCCCGAAUGCUGGAGCAUACUUUCGCUUGUUAGCAGAACAUGGAGUAGUAGCUAUGUUCACAGCACCAACUGCACUGAGAGCUAUUCGCCAGCAAGAUUUUGAAGCUAUUCAAGGAAGAUCAUACAAGUUUCCAAGGUUCAGGACUUUGUUUGUUGCUGGGGAGCAUUGUGAUGCAAGCACUUUAGAAUGGGCCAAACAAGUUUUCCGAGUUCCUGUUCUAGAUCACUGGUGGCAAACAGAAACAGGAUCUCCAAUAAGUGCAACUUGUGUAGGACUGGGAAACAGUCUAAAUCCCCCAGUAGGACAAGCUGGAAAACCUGCACCUGGAUACAAUGUUAUGAUUCUGGACAAGGACCUGAAGGAAAUGAACCGCAACAGUCUGGGAAAUAUUGUAGUGAAGUUACCUUUGCCUCCAGGUACGCUGGCUACACUUUGGGAAAAUGAUAAGCUGUUCAAGGAGCUUUACUUCACUAAAUAUCCAGGUUACUAUGAUACUAUGGAUGCUGGCUAUAUGGAUAAGGAUGGCUAUUUGUAUGUCAUGUCACGGGUGGAUGAUGUAAUUAAUGUGGCAGGUCAUAGGAUUUCAGCUGGUUCUAUUGAAGAGGCUAUUAUCACUCAUCAAGCUGUAACUGACUGUGCUGUUGUGGCCCUCGAGGAUUCUGUCAAGGGGCAUGUUCCAGUAGCUUUAUGUGUUUUAAGGACUGGUGUGACUGAGACAUUUGAGGAACUCACCGAAGAGAUUAUUAAAAUUGUUCGCGAAUCCAUUGGUCCAGUUGCUGCUCUUAGGAAAGUGGUCUUUGUGCCCGUGUUACCAAAGACUCGUUCUGGCAAGAUACCUCGUUCUACACUUUCAGCAGUUGCAAAUGGCAAGCCUUACCAAAUAACACCAACCAUUGAAGAUCCCCAUGUUUUCUCAGAAAUAGAAGCAAUCUUGAAGCAGAGAAAAAUUACAUCUUAACAUUCAAUCCACUCUUAUUAUCACUUUUGUAAGUGGUGAUCAGCAAUUCCAAGUCCAUAUAGAAACUACAUUCAGAGAUAUGCCUAAGCUCAAUUUUUAAAAUUUCUGUCUAUGUUUAAAACUUUAUAGGACACAACAAACAUUUAUUAUUGUAGUGAUGUAACUUUGAAAGGGUCAAAUACGGUAUAUGUUGGCAUAAUGUUGGAAAUUUAAGUUAUACUGAAAGUAUUUUACUUAUUGGUUUUCUUUGAGUUAUUAUCUCUACUAAAAUUAAAUGGUCAUACAUAUCAUGAAGGUAAUACACAAUCUGCCCAUUGCUGACUAGAGUUUUCCACUGUUUCCUCAAAAGAAAAUGAAUAAAGUUCAAUUUCCAAUUAAAUAUAUUCUAGAAAAAUAUAUAUUUAAAAUAUAACUUUUGUACAAAGGUAACCUUUUUUCAAUUGUAAGAACAAUUUUAAGACUUUGUUCAGAUUUAACAAAAUCUAACACACAACUAUUAGCAAAAAUUUCAUACAAUCACUACCAUGCAACCUGGAGCAAAAUUGGAAUCAUUUGUUUCCAUAAAGAAAUGCCGGAAAUGGUGUUAUUUUAGAUUUCCAAUCAUAAGCGAAAACUUGUUAGGGAAGUUCAUGUAAAAUGAUUCUUCAUAAUGGUCAGAUGUCCUGGACAAUCCAAGAAAUUUACAAAAGGAAACAAUCUUUUAAAAUGCCUCCUCUUUGGUGCAUUUGCAUGUUUGAGUUAAAAAUUAUUUUACAGCUUAGUUACCACAACAAGAAACAAAAUUGUUGAACUUUCUUGUGAUAUCUGUUGUAUCUGUACAGCCUAACUUUUUAAAAUUAUCAAUGAUACUUUUUAGAUUAUGUUAAAAAUUAUUAAAAAUUAGUUAUAGCUUGUCAUUUUCAUUCAUGAAUUAAGACAAGAAGCUGUUACUGCAAUUGUUAUCUCUGUUUGGAACCUCAGGUGAUUUCAGAUCUAAUGAUUUCAUAUCAUGAUUUUGCAACUCUCUUCUGUGUCAUAUCUUUGGCCAGAUCAUUUGUUUUAAGCAUCUUGUGUUCUCAUCCAUUUUUCAGAACCGUCAUUUCUGAAAUUUUUUAUUUAAUAUCUUUCUGGGCUGAGGAGUUGUAUAUUUCAUAUUUAAACAUCUGUUUGUAAUGCUAGAAACUUUUUUAAAAUCAAAACUCAAGAAGAGUUUCGCUAUCCUGCAUAAUUUUAUAUUAAGUGCACCAACUUGUAAAAUCUCCUUAUAUUGAUUAGUGUUCAAUUUUGUUUGAUUCUCCUGUAAGGUGUGGUAGGAUCUUUUGAUAGACUAAAAGUACACUUUAAAUGGUAGUUGUCAAAAAUGAAUUAUACUUCUAAUGUAUGUUAUUAGACUACUGAUGCAAAAACUACUCUGUGCUUUAUAAAUCAAUAAAAUAACCUGAUUCUCA